GGGAAGAGAGAAAGGAUAGAUAGAUAGAUGGAGGGAGGGGGAAAAGAUAUUGAGGAGUAAGACGGGUAGUAUCAUUGACAUCAACCAGCAGUGUUUAAAGCUACCCGACCGGAGAUGGUCCCCCGACACACGAGCGCAGAGUAGCGGUCCUGUAGGGUUUCUGAGAAGCGAGAGGAAGCUUGCGUUCCCUGCGGAAAAGUAAAACCUUUCUGAGGAGCUCAGCUGUCAAAUGGGAUUAUUAUUUCUAUCCGGGGUUCAAGGGAAACUGCCAUCUGAAAGUCCAUCCACAUGAAUUUAUCCGACCAAAAAGAAGACGGAACAUUCACUUUCCCUAUUAAGGUCCACUGGAUGGUCACACUGAGGAUUCCACAGAGCAGGCCAUGAUGCCUCAGCCAGGGCUGUAGGGAACACCCAGAGAGUGCCAAGCCCUGCUGUGGGAAGUUUCCCCCCCAUCCCCCACCUCCAUCCCCUAUCGCAGGAGGUACCAUGGUUCCCCCCAAGCCAGGUGGAACCGUAGCCCAGUCCAGGGCGACUCGUCCUGGGUAUGGACUCUGCUUCUAUCACCCCUGUCUGCUGCUGCCACUGCUGGUGCUCACAUCCCUGCCCAACGUCUCUGAGGCGGUGGCGGCACCCAAGUUCACCAAGAUCCCCGGGGACCAGAUCGGGGUAUCGGGGGGUGUGGCCUCAUUUGUGUGCCAGGCGUCAGGUGACCCCAAACCCAUGGUCAACUGGAACAAGAAGGGCAAGAAGGUCAACUCCCAACGCAUAGAGACGAUAGAGUUUGAUGAUGGAGCGGGGGCUGUACUGAGGAUCCAGCCUCUCAGGGCCCCCCGAGAUGAGAAUGUCUAUGAGUGUGUGGCCCGCAACAGUGAGGGAGAUGUGGCCACCACUGCCAAGCUGGCCAUCAUACGGGAGGACCUGUUGCCGUUUGGUUUCCCCAGCAUUGACAUGGGUCCUCAGCUGAAGGUGGUUGAGAGGACCAGGACGGCCACCAUGCUGUGUGCUGCCAGUGGCAUCCCUGACCCAGAGAUCUCCUGGUUCAAAGACUUCCUCCCUGUAGAGCCCAGCUCCAGCCAGGGACGCAUUAAACAGCUGCGCUCAGGUGCCCUCCAGAUAGAGAACAGUGAGGAGUUAGACCAGGGAAAGUAUGAGUGUGUGGCCACUAACUCUCAGGGAGUGCGCUACUCUUCCCCGGCCAACCUGUAUGUACGAGGAUCAACAGACAAAUUGCGUCGUGUGCCCCCUCGUUUCUCCAUCCUGCCCUCCAACCAUGAGAUCAUGCCCAGCGGCAGCAUCAACAUCACCUGUGUGGCGGUGGGUUCACCCAUGCCCUACGUCAAAUGGAUGCUGGGUAGUGAAGACCUGACACCUGAGGACGAGAUGCCGGUGGGGCGGAACGUUCUGGAGCUCAACGGCAUCAGGGAGUCGGCCAACUACACCUGUGUGGCCAUGAGCAGUCUGGGGAUUAUAGAGGCCACUGCACAGGUGUCAGUUAAGACUCUUCCCAAGCCUCCCGGUACCCCCAUCGUCACGGAGACGACUGCCACUAGCGUCACCAUCACCUGGGACUCCGGUAACCCCGACCCGGUGUCCUAUUACAUCAUCCAGUACCGGGCCAAGGCACCAGACAGCAAGUACGAGACGGUGGACAGUAUCACCACCACCAGGUACAGCAUUGGAGGGCUCUACCCCAACACAGAGUAUGAGAUCAGGGUGUCGGCCUUCAACAGCAUCGGCCAGGGACCCUCGUCCACCCGGGUGGAGGCCAGGACAGGGGAGCAGGCCCCAGCUAGCCCACCCAGGAACGUCCAGGCCAGGAUCAUCUCCAAGAACACUGUCAUGGUACGCUGGGAGGAACCAGAGGAGCCCAACGGACAGGUGAAAGGUUACCGGGUGUACUACACCAUGGACCCAUCUCAGCCCAUGAGUCUGUGGCAGAUCCAUAAUGUUCAAGACAGCACCAUCACCUCCAUCCAGAGCCUGGUACCCUCUGAGACAUACACUGUCAGAGUCCUGGCCUUCACCUCUGUGGGAGACGGACCCUUCUCUGACCCCGUCCAUGUCAAAGUGCUGCCCGGAGUUCCAGGGCAGCCAGGAAAGUUCAAAGUGGGCAAGGUAACGGAGACCAGUAUAGAGCUGACCUGGGAACCGUCCUACAUCAAGGAGGGCAUCGUCAACUACGAACUGCUCUACAAACCUGUCAAGUUCGGCAGCCUGGAGAAGUUGACGUUUGGGCCCAGGGCGUCGUACACAGUGGAGGGUCUGAGGGCUAACACGGAGUACUCCUUUUCCCUGGCUGCCAUUUCUAACAAAGGCAUUGGAGCCUUUACCAACGAGCUGGUCCAGAGGACAGCACAAGCUAAGCCCUCGGCUGCUCCCCUGGGCGUGUCCUGUGACAGCCCCAGCUCCACCUCCCUUAGGGUAAGUUGGACACCGCCGCCCACUGAGACCCAAAAUGGCACACUGACUGCUUAUGUGCUGCGCUACCAGCAAGUGGUGUCUGGGGCCGAAGUCAAAGGUCAGGGUCCAGAGGUGAAGGGGCCUCCCAUCCCCCCAGAGCAGGGGCAGGCGGUGGUGGAGGGGCUGGAAAAGUGGACCUGGUACCGCGUUAGCCUGGCAGCCUUCACUACCGAGGGGUCUGGACCAGAGAGUCCAGCGCUGCUCUGCCGCACAGACCACGAUGUCCCAGGUGCGGCCCCUCGGCAGGUGGAGGUCCGGCCCUUCAACUCCACUGCUCUUAGGGUCACCUGGCGAUCUGUGUUGCCAAGGCAACGCCAAGGUCAGAUCCGUGGUUACCAGGUGCACUAUGCUCGUGUGGAGAGUGGCUCAUCACGCAUCCUUCCCCGAAUCAAAGACCUGCUAUUGGACGACAGCCAGUUUGUGGAGGAUGACUCUACUGAAUAUGAGAUGAUAGUGGGGGGUCUGAAGCCUGAGAUGUGGUACUCUGUGUCUGUGGCGGCUUACACCACUAAAGGGGAUGGAACACACAGUAAAGCCAAGGUGGUGCAGACACCAGGGAUUGUGCCUGGUGCCCCCUCCCUGUCGGUGCGCCCAGGGUCUGAGCCCUCCAUGGUGGUGAGAUGGGGGCCCCCUACUGGGGGGUCAGACUCAGGUCCAGGGGCCAAAGGGUCUGAAGUUCAGAUCCAGGGUUUCCGGCUACAAUUUGGGCUGAAGAAUGCAACCCUGGACACUACGGUGGAGUUUUCGGCCAGGGAGCGAACGUACACACUCACAGACGUCAUUCCAGGAUUGACCUAUGUCGUUACCCUUUCCGCCAAAAGCCGGUCAGGGUACGGAGACGAGGCACGGGAGGAACUCAAGAUGCCUGAGUACCCACCCAGGGGCUACCCUCAAAUCUCAGAAUACAUUAACGCCACCUGCUGUUCACUCCAGUUCUCCUGGCUGCCCCCUGUGCCAAGCGAGCGAAACGGUGUGAUCACCGAAUACACAAUAGCUUAUCGGGAAGCAGGGGGUCUUAACCCUCUGGGCAUUGACCCUCUGGGACCCCCUCGCCAGAUCACGCUCCCGGCCAUUGUGUCCAGCUACACCAUUCUGGGCCUGAACCACAACACAGGGUACGAGGUGCAGAUGUGUGCCCACACCAGCGUAGGUCCCGGCCCCUUCAGUCCCCCGCUGCUGUAUCGCACACUGGCCUUCGAGACAGAUGUCCCGAGGAAUUUCUCAGUGAACCUGGCGACCAAGACGAGCGUUCUCCUGACCUGGGAAUUCCCUGAGAGCCCCUACCCCUACCAUUUCACUGUGGAGUAUAACCGCCAGAAGAUGGAGGUGGAUGCCAAGCUGAGGAAAGCAGUGAUCCCCAACUUGCAGCCAGAUACCGACUAUGACUUCAAGAUCACCUCUUCUGAGGGCAACAUGGGCGGACUGAGGCACCGCAUCCACGCCAAGACCUCUCCACCAAUUGCCAUCCGCCGUCCAGAGAUUGACCACACCCGUGACACGGAGACCACCAUCACCAUAAUCCUGCCCUCGCUAGAGAACCGCAUCCCUGUCAAGAACCUGUAUGUGGUGGUAGUUCCUCUGAGGAGGGCAAGGGGGGUCAUUAGACAUCUCAAGAGCCCAGAUGAGAUGGACUUGGAGGAGUUGUUGAAGGACAGCAGUCAGAGACAGAGGGAAUCUAGACAGCAGAAACAGGUAGACCUGCGCAGAGCCUACAUCUCAGCCCUCUUCACCCCUGCUACUCUGCCAGCCUUCUUCACUCUAGGGGACCAGCUGGACUAUGGAGGCUUUGAGAACCGCGCUCUAGAACCGGGACAGGAGUAUGUGUUCUUCAUCCUGGCGGAACUCAAUGGCACCACAGUGAAGAUGUACGCGGACAGUCCGUACACAGAGCCAGUGAUCGCUCCGGACUCAGAUCCCCAGCCCCUGGACGCGGGGGAUGGUCUGAUCUGGGUGGUGGGACCCGUCCUGGCCGUGGUCUUCAUCAUCUGCAUCGUCAUCGCCAUCCUGCUCUACAAGAACAACAAGCCAGACAGGUCCCUGAGCAGUAAGAGGAAGGACUCCGAGCCAGGCACCAAGAGCCUUCUGUGUAAUGCUGAGAUGAUGGCCCAUCACCCCACAGACCCCGUUGAGAUGAGACGCAUCAACUUCCAGACCCCUGGUAUGAUGAGCCACCCUCCCAUUCCCAUCACAGAGCUGGCUGAACACACAGAGAUGCUCAAAGCCAAUGAUAGCCUGCGUCUGUCUCAGGAGUACGAGUCCAUUGACCCUGGUCAGCAGUUCACCUGGGAGCACUCCAACCUGGAGGUGAACAAGCCCAAGAACCGCUAUGCUAACGUCAUUGCCUACGACCACACCCGCGUCGUCCUCGCCCCCAUAGAAGGUUCAAGUCCAGGUAUCCUGGGCAGUGACUACAUCAAUGCUAACUACAUAGAUGGCUACAGGAAGCAGAAUGCCUACAUCGCCACACAGGGCCCGCUGGCAGAGACAUUCGGGGACUUCUGGAGGAUGGUGUGGGAACAGAGAGCAGCCUCGGUGGUCAUGAUGACCAGACUAGAGGAGAAGUCACGGAUAAAGUGUGACCAGUACUGGCCGACCCGGGGUACAGAGACCUAUGGGAUGACUCAGGUCACCAUACUGGACACUAUGGAACUGGCCACAUUCUGUGUGCGCACCUUCUCCCUUCAGAAGAAUGGUUGUAAUGAGCGGAGGGAAGUACGUCAGUUCCAGUUCACUGCCUGGCCAGACCACGGUGUACCAGAGUACCCCACUCCGUUCCUGGCCUUCCUACGCAGGGUUAAAGCCUGCAACCCCCCUGACGCUGGUCCUGUCAUCGCACACUGCAGUGCGGGCGUGGGUCGUACCGGUUGCUUCAUCGUGAUCGACGGCAUGCUGGAACGGAUCAGACACGAGCGCACGACCGACAUCUAUGGUCACGUGACUCUGAUGAGGUCACAGCGGAACUACAUGGUGCAGACGGAAGACCAGUACGGCUUCAUCCACGAGGCUCUGCUGGAAGCAGUGGCUUGUGGGAACACGGAGGUGGCGGCCCGGAGCCUGUUCUCCUACAUGCAGAAGCUGGGCAAGGUGGAGAGUGGAGAGCACGUCACUGGCAUGGAGCUGGAGUUCAAGCGUCUGGCCAACACCAAAGCCCACACGUCUCGGUUCGUCAGUGCCAACCUGCCAUGUAACAAGUUUAAGAACCGCCUGGUCAACAUCAUGCCCUAUGAGACCACCCGCAUCUGUCUGCAGCCAAUCCGAGGCCUGGAAGGAUCAGAUUACAUCAACGCCAGCUACAUUGAUGGAUACAGGCAGCAGAGAGGUUACAUGGCCACCCAGGGCCCACUGGCUGAGACGACAGAGGACUUCUGGAGGAUGCUGUGGGAACACAACUCUACCAUCGUGGUCAUGCUCACUAAACUGAGAGAGAUGGGACGGGAGAAGUGCCAUCAGUACUGGCCCGCAGAGCGGUCUGCUCGGUACCAGUACUUUGUAGUGGAUCCCAUGGCUGAAUACAACAUGCCUCAGUAUAUCCUCAGAGAGUUUAAGGUCACCGAUGCAAGGGAUGGCCAAUCACGGACAGUUCGUCAGUUCCAGUUCACCGAUUGGCCAGAGCAGGGAGUUCCUAAAUCUGGAGAGGGCUUCAUUGACUUCAUUGGCCAGGUGCACAAAACCAAGGAGCAGUUUGGACAGGACGGCCCAAUCAGUGUCCACUGCAGUGCGGGUGUGGGGCGGACCGGAGUCUUCAUCACUCUGAGUAUCGUUCUGGAGAGGAUGCGUUAUGAAGGAGCUGUGGACAUCUUCCAGACUGUUAAGAUGCUGAGGACACAACGCCCUGCCAUGGUACAGACGGAGGAUGAAUACCAGUUCUGCUACCAGGCUGCCCUGGAGUACCUGGGGAGUUUUGACCACUAUGCAACCUAAGAGAGGAGAGGAACUGUCAUCCCUCCAUCCUUCUGUUCAGAUAGAGGUCCACAGAGAGACGAGGAACAGCGAAAGAGAGGCGUAGACUGGAAAACGACAAAACAAUGAACCUUAUAUCCCACUGGAGGGGCGAUGCUACUAACAAGGAGUAAUUAUACAAGAACAACAACAGCAACAUACAAAACAACAGCAACAUACAAAACAACAGCAACAACAUGCAAAACAACAGCAACAACAUGCAAAACAACAGCAACAACAUGCAAAACAACAGCAACAACAUGCAAAACAACAGCAACAACAUGCAAAACAACAGCAACAACAUGCAAAACAACAGCAACAACAUGCAAAACAACAGCAACAACAUGCAAAACAACAGCAACAACAUGCAAAACAACAGCAACAACAUGCAAAACAACAGCAACAACAUGCAAAACAACAGCAACAACAUGCAAAACAACAGCAACAACAUGCAAAACAACAAUAUACAAAAUAACAAUAACAUACAAAGCAACAACAACAACUAGACAAACGUCAAAUAAAACCUGUACUCUCAGGAAAGACCUGCAAAGGGUGUGUUGGGAGUUAGAGACAGACUAUUACAUGUGUAAUCCUGCAUAUUCUUCUUACCUCAGUGUUCAAAAUGUGGAGGACUUAUAAAACCUGUGUGUGUUGUGGUCAGCUAUUUCAAAAACGAAAACCAGUGAUACAUGUAUAAAAGGACAACGAAAAGCCUGGAUAUCUGCUGCACCUUAAAUGGGUUUUCUAUCUUAUCUUUCUAUCUGUGGGUUUAGUGUACGAGGGGUGAACAUUUCCACGUGUCUGUCGCUCUGCAUUCGUGGUGUCUGUUGCUGCCACAGCUAGUCCUGGUCCACAGCACAGUUUUAGACCUAUAGAACUAGAAGGACGGUUUGAGCUGCAUGUCUGUGAUUGGACACCAGACUCUCCUACCCACAGUGCCAAGAGAAACCACGCUGUUCCUGGGCAGAUGGGAAAUUAACUUUGACCUCUAAUGAGAAGGAGGGAUGGUACCCGUCUACAUCCAGCAUACAUGAUGAUCCAUGAGCUCCAGGUUGAGGUUGCCUGUAGGCACAGAUCUAGGAUAAGUUUACCAUCCUGAAAUCGUAAUCUAAACCAUUCGGGUGGAAAAACAAAACUGACCUAAGAACAUUGUCUGGGGGCAACGUCACCCUACUCCAAGCGUGGAUCAAUAUUAUUACAAGUCAAUGUUCAGACAUCCAUGCUUUGCUUGCUAUGUGCUGACAUCUUACUACAUAGAGUAAUGACAAAGGUUAAACACAGUUCAGGCAGUUCCAUUUCAAUCCCAGCCAGUCAUUUUGGGAGAUGCACUGAAAUUACGUGUAUGAAUUGAAAAUUGGCUUUAUUUUUCUUGGAGGACCAUUUCGAUGAAUGAACAGAAUUUGAGUUAAUUUCCUUAAUUGACUGGAGUGUGUUUUGGGGGGAACAUUUUCCACAUUCUGCAGAAAAUAUUGUAAUGAUCCUAUUCAUUGUGGUUCAGUGUCUUUGCCUUAUGUUUCACCAUGUUGGUUUUCAGCUGCUUACGUUACAUCCAAUGUAUCUGAGCUAAGCAGUGAGCGUCGUAAUGUAGCUUACACCUACUUGAAUUCUGCCACUCUGCAUUGGAAUGGUCCUGAUGGCUCAGUGUGUUGGAGUAUGGUUCUGACAACACAAAGGUUGUGGGUUCAAAUCCUGCUUGGGCUACAUAUACAGUAAUGAGUAUGUGUGUUAACGUUGAAUUGGAUGAACUUUGUUUGCUUGAUAAACCCAGGUCCUCAUGGGUUGAGAGUAGAACUCAAACUCUCUUCUCUUGCCCACAGUAAGACAGGACUCUUCACAUCUUCUCUCCGCUCUGUCUCUGCUUGUAGUCCUACUGUACAGACAAACUAAACGACACAACCUUUAGUCCACUCCAGCAUCCCCUACAAUCCCUUUAAAUAUCAUCCUCUCUUAUUGAUUUGACGUUCUAUAAUCUGCUGCCCCAGAUACGUUGUGAUUGAACAGCACAGUAUGAACUUAGACUGUAUAUACUGUGUGACGUAUAGAGAGUUCUUUAUAAUGCAGUACAUACAGUAGGCCUGACUGACGUAGAGUUAAGCAAUAAGGCCCGAGGGGUUGUGGUAUAUGGCCAAUAUACCAUGGCUAAGGGCUGUUCUUAGGCAAGACGCAGUGUGGAGUGCCUGGAUACAGCCCAUAGCUGUGGUAUAUUGACCAUGUACCACAAACCCCUGAGGUGCCUUAUUGCUAUUAUAAACUGGUUACCAACUUAACUAGAGCAGUACAAAUACCUGUUUUGUCAUACCCGUGGUAUACGGUCUGAUAUACCACGGCUGUCAACCAAUCAGCAUUCAGGGCUCGAACUACCCAGUUUAUAAAAGUUCUUUAUAACACAGUAUAUAGGCCUGACUGACGUAUAGAGUUGAAACAAGUGGGGCAUAAUUAUUAUCAUCAAAAAAGAGCCUUAUUGUUGACUUUUUGAUAUGAUUUUUGAAAUAUGUAUCAUCGUUCUAUUUUGUUACUGUUAUGGCUCUUUGUUUUUACUACUUUUUGAUUUGUUUAAUUACUGUUUGAUUUGAGGAAAAUAACUCAAUAUAACCAAUGAGAUGUCUACUUGGCAAGCCAAUUUUUCUGUAUGAUAUCGUCAUAGUUUUUUUUAAUGGUCAUUUUUAAGUGCUUUUUUAUUUGCUUUAGUAUAUCGUAGACAGAACCUGCGUAGAAUGCUAUUUGAUACUGCUAUCCUCAUAGACAGAUUCAGACCUAGUUUCAGUUUACAGCCCCUAUCAUAGCACCAGUGGUACAAUCCAAUUGCCAAUAGGGGUUUAGGGUGUCGGGGCAUAGAGAGUUUAAACGUCGAGCAAAGUACAGUAGUCGGUGAAAGUCUAUGUUGCACUGUAUUCAGUGAACCGUGGCGUUUCAGUUCGCUACUACAGAUAGACGGAGAGUAUAACGGCAUUUUGACACAAAGGGAAAGGCCACACAAAAAGACCCUCAUUACUUUAAUUAACAGUGAAAUGAUCUUGAUAUGUAAUUUAAGUGUGGUCCAAAAGUCUAUCUGGUGUGACUUAAAAUGAACCUUAAAACGAUGACUAUAUAAUAUAUAUACACUGAACAAAAAUAUAAACGCAACAUAUAAAGUGUUGGUUUCAUAAGCUGAAAAAAGCUUAAUUCUCUCAAAUGUUGUUUACAUCCCUGUUAGUGAGCAUUUCUCUUUUGUCUAGAUAAUCCAUCCCCUUGACAGGUGUGGCAUAUCAAGAAGUUGAUUAAACAGCAUGAUCAUUACACAUGUGCACCUUGUGCUGGAAAGAAUAAAAAGCCAAUCUUAAGUGUGGAGUUUUGCCACACAACAUAAUGCCACAGAUGUCUCAAGUUUUAAGGGAGUGUGCAAUUGGCAUGCUGACUGCAGGAAUGUUCACCAGAGCUGUUGCCAGAGAAUUGAAUGUUAAUUUCUCUCCCAUAAGCUGCCUCCAAUGUUGUUUUAGAGAAUUUGGCAGUACGUCCAACCAGCAUCACCACCGCAGACCAUGUGUAUGGCGUUGUGUGGGCGAGCAGUUUGUUGUGAACAGAGUGCCCCAUGGUGGCCGUGGAGUUAUGGUAUGGGCAGGCAGUAAAAUCUUUGAAAUUGUUAAAUGUUGCAUGUAUAUUUUUGUUCAGUAUAAAUACACCUGACAUAAAAGACACAGAGUAAACAUGUCAUCAAGCGAGGACCAGUUCCGAUGACAUCACGUAAUCACCUUUAACCUGGUUAUUUCCUUUAAACCCUGGAUGUAGAUAAUAUUGAAUGUUGACUUUGUAUUAAAAGCAGGAUGAUUGAAUAUACCACA